ACUUCCGCUUGCCUUCGGGUGUGCUGAGGUAGAUUUCUGCGUCUGCUGCCGCUCUUUCCGCCGCGCUCCAGGUAAUUUUUUCUGAAGGAAAGCUGCCUCCUCAUAUGUUUCAAGAAUGGCUCUCCCUAUCAUCGUAAAGUGGGGAGGACAAGAGUAUUCAGUGACCACACUUUCUGAAGAUGAUACUGUGCUAGAUCUCAAACAGUUUCUCAAGACCCUUACAGGAGUACUGCCAGAACGCCAAAAGUUACUUGGACUCAAAGUUAAAGGCAAACCUGCAGAAAAUGAUGUUAAGCUUGGAGCUCUCAAACUGAAACCAAAUACUAAAAUCAUGAUGAUGGGAACUCGUGAGGAGAGCUUGGAAGAUGUCUUAGGUCCACCACCUGACAAUGAUGAUGUUGUCAACGACUUUGAUAUUGAAGAUGAAGUAGUUGAAGUAGAGAAUAGGGAAGAAAACCUACUGAAAAUUUCUCGCAGAGUAAAAGAGUACAAAGUGGAAAUUUUGAAUCCUCCCAGGGAAGGGAAAAAGCUUUUGGUACUAGAUGUUGAUUACACAUUGUUUGACCAUAGGUCUUGUGCAGAGACUGGAGUAGAAUUAAUGCGGCCAUAUCUUCAUGAAUUCCUGACAUCUGCAUAUGAGGAUUAUGACAUUGUUAUUUGGUCUGCAACAAAUAUGAAGUGGAUUGAAGCUAAAAUGAAAGAACUGGGAGUGAGCACAAAUGCAAAUUAUAAGAUUACCUUCAUGUUGGACAGUGCUGCAAUGAUAACAGUGCAUACUCCAAGGAGAGGAUUAAUAGAUGUAAAGCCUCUUGGUGUUAUAUGGGGAAAGUUUUCAGAGUUUUACAGCAAAAAAAACACCAUUAUGUUUGAUGACAUAGGAAGAAAUUUUCUAAUGAACCCACAGAAUGGAUUAAAGAUAAGGCCUUUUAUGAAAGCACAUCUAAACCGGGAUAAAGACAAAGAACUUUUAAAAUUAACUCAGUACCUCAAGGAAAUAGCAAAAUUAGAUGACUUUUUGGAUCUAAAUCACAAAUAUUGGGAAAGGUAUCUUUCAAAGAAGCAAGGACAGUAGUUACAGGUUAUACUGGCAGUUAUUGGAGAUACUUGAGAUCCAUGAACUUCGUGCUUUUAUGCUAGAAAUUGUUAUUAUAGUGCUGGACACUGAAGCAAAUACCAGACUGCUUACACUUGGUCUUCCAGUUUUUUGUAAAUUUAAUUUUAUAUUUUUUGAAGAUUAUAGCAAUAUGCUAAAAAAAUUCUUUUUUCCCCUAUAUGAAUAUACUGUUACUCUUGAAAAAUAUUUUCUCCAGCAUUGAUUACUAAGUUUUCUUUCCACAAAAAAAAAAGUGGAGAAAAAUGUAUACUCAACAGUGUCAUUUUGUGAUUUUGAAGACAAGAUGUCUUGUGUUUUUGUCUCAUUAUGUUACGUCUGACUAAAUCUAAGACCAAACCUGUCUUGAAACUAGUGCUUUUCCCUUUAAAACCAAAAAAAAAAAAAAAACCUCAACCAAAAAACAAGUUUUUGAAUAAAGAACCUAGUUUGUUAUGCUUAAAAUUACCAAGAAUUUUUUUAUUCCUUUGUCAUAGAUAUAAUUUUUCUUCUGUACUUCACUAUUUACGUCUCUAAAUUCUGAGCUGUCUCAGUUUGGUCUAGAUGUGUGUCAGUGUUCUUUAAGUAAAACUGGAAAAUGUCAGUUGUGAUAUAGCUAUGUCCUAGUAUGAGAAAUAGAAAACAUAAAACUGAAGAAUAAAACUAAGUAACAAGAGUGUGUCUCUUUGGUGGCUAAGAAGCACUUCUGCCUAAAACCAUUGUCAUAAAAGCAGUUAAGGCAAUAAAUUUUAAAAUGGGACAUAUCACUGAUUCAACCCUAAAAAGCAUGAACAAAAAGUUUUUGUUCUCUUCUGACUAUAUCUUGUCUAAGUGCUUAACACUGUGUUUCAGUGAAAUUAUCUAGCCAUAAGAUUAAAAAAAUAUAUUAUUUGCAAUGCUUACGCCUGCAGAUAUGUAAUGUGACCACUGUUUUGUGUUGACAGUAUUGCUUUAUACAGUUCUUGUAUAUGAAAGGAAUCGAUCCUUUUAGAUAAACAUGGUGUAUAUUGUUCUUAUGGGACUAUUUCAGUGUUGUAAAUAAUAAAUAUCUUUUCUUAAAA